AAAAAAAAAAAAUGCCUAAAUUAACUGUUUUCCAUAAUCCUACUUGUACAAAGUCUAAACGUAGUGUUGCCCUUCUUGAUGAAUCUUCUAAUAAGGCACAUUAUGACUUGGAUAUUAUUGAAUAUAAAAAGCAAGUUCCUUCACCAGAGACAUUAAUGGUUCUUUCUGAAUAUCUUGGUUUAACCAAAAAGGAUCCUUCCACUAAACCUUGGGAUUAUCUCUUACGUCCUGAAGCGCAGGGUAAAGCUAAAUCAUUUGAAGAAGCCUUUCAAAUCGUCCAAGAUAAUCCUGCUCUUCUUGAAAGACCUUUUGUUAUUGAUUGGGAUCGUAAGUUGGCUGUAUUGGGUCGUCCUGAUAUAUCUGCUGUAGAAAAGUUAGUUGAUGAACGUGUUAGUGGAAAGUACUAAUAAAUGAUGUCGCAAAUAAAUAAAAUGUCUUUUCCCAACCUAUUUUAUUAUAAAUGAGUCCUUAUUUUCAUAUUAUCAAAAGGACAGGUGAAUAAUUUAAUGUGACUGCUUUUAAUCAAUUUCUCUUCUCCACACAUAUACACACAUACACACACAUACACAGACAUAGAUACCCCUCCCUUCAUUUUUUUUUCGCAUUUUAUUUCCCUUGUCAAAUUUC